CAAAUAAAACACUGUCUGUUAUUUUAAAGAUGGUGGUUGUAUAUCAGGGAUAUUUGUGACUUUUUUUUUUUUUUUUUUGCAGGUUGGGGACACACCCAGCGAUGCUCAGAGGUUACUUCUGGCUUUACACUCAGGAAUUACUCUCGGUGAUCCUGGGAAUAAAACAAGGUAUCUUCAGCCCUGCCCUUCCAAGAAACAGUGGAAUGGCGUUCCAAAAGUCUUCUGUAUCCUUUUCUCAUUGAGUUUUCAGAGGUCUACAAUUUAUACAUAAAGUACACGGGUUUCUGAGACGUGCAGUGACACACACAAUCGGACAGCAAGAACCAAUCCCUGUCCUUGGUGCUAACGGAAGCGGUGGGGGGGAGUAUUUAGAGCUCGGUCCUGAAAAGGAGCAUUUCUCAAAUGCCAAGGGAACUCUGGGUACUUGGUUAAUUGUCACAGCGAUUGAUAGCUUCUUGCCAAAUCACAGUUGCACUGGAGUUGCGUUCUACUGCACGGGUCCCUCUGUAAAUUUUGCAUCACCGCAUUAUUACCAGCCAAGCGGGGGAGGCGAGCACAAAGCCUGUCGUAUGAAAACGGAACACCGUGAUUUCGGGUAUAGUGGACCACCAGCUCCUUUAGGGUGGCUGCAAGGAGAAAGGCGGGGUUCGCCGAUGGCCAGCCCCGCACCGCUUAGGCUCGCGGACUCGGUGACUAAUAGGAACUAAGGAGCCAGACCAGAGGGCUAACCCGGGCUCUCGCCCCGCCCCCGCCCCAGCCUGCUCGCGCGGCUGCGCGGACGCGCCCGGUCCCGCCCGCCCGGUGCCGCCUGCUGGCCUCGGGGGCGGGGCCCGAGCACAACAUGGCUGACGAGCGCCGGGAAACCUCGAGUCCUAGCUCAGCGGUCCCGGAGCCACGCUCUCCGGACCCGCCGGACCUGGUUCUGGUGCCUGAUGAGGACCGCCCGGCCACACCCCCGAGGGACCUCAUCGAGAUCCAGGUGGUGAAGGUGACCGACACCACGCAGGUCUCCGAGCCCCCGGAGCCAGGCCCUCUUCACUGUGCCUUGUGUCCAGCUGCUUUCCAGCUGGUGUCUGAGCUGCUGUUCCACGAACACGGCCACCUGGCUGGGGUCGAAGGUGGUGGGCCGGCCGGGAACCCAAGCCAGUGCCACGUGUGUGGCCACCGCUGCCCAGGCCCCGCCAGCCUGCGCACCCACUACAGUCUGCACACAGCGGAAAGGCCUUACCACUGCGCGCUCUGCCCGCGCUCCUUCAAGGCGCCGGCACCGCUGUUGCGUCACCAGCACCAACACGGGCCCGGGCCAGCUGUGGUAGGCUGUGGGGCCCCGCGGGAGAUCGCUGGGGCCGUGGCAGCGGGUGCGGCGGUGAGCAAGCCCUUCGCCUGCCGCUUCUGCGCCAAGCCGUUCCGCCGCUCAUCCGACAUGCGCGACCACGAGCGCGUGCACACAGGCGAGCGACCCUACCACUGCAGCGUGUGCGGCAAAGGUUUCACGCAGUCAUCAGUGCUGAGUGGCCACGCGCGCAUCCACAGUGGCGAGCGACCCUUCCGCUGUGCGCUCUGUGGCCGUGCCUUCAACAACUCCUCCAACUUCCGCAAGCACCAGCGCACCCACUUCCAAGGACCCUGCCCUGGUCUUGGGGCGCCCCCGGCAACCAGCAGGCAGGGGGAGGGGGGGCGGGAGCCCUCAUAGGUGAAGAGAGAGGUUGACCCCUAGGCUGGCAGGAGGCAGGGAGCAGGAGAAGGGAGAUUGGGGGAACAGAGGAGCGGCUGGUAAUGAAAAGCUGAGCCAGUUGGGGGACCCUUCCCCCUCAGAAUCACUGAGGUGGGGGAUGCACAGCCCAGGUCCAGGUUGUGUUCUUGCAGGUGGUCCUUGUGCAUGAAGCUUGUCACCGGGCAGUGGUGGCAUGGGGUGGGUCACAGUGCCCCUGGUCAUUGAGGGUUCUGGUCUUGGGGGUUCUCUGGGGUGUGCCCAGAUGGAACCAUUUGCCUGCCUCAGUGAACCCCACCCUCUUGCCUGUCUCCCAAGGGUGGAGGAACCUCAGCACAUCCUCCAAAAAAGACUUGGGGAUGCCCUCAAAGCCCAAGGGUACCAGGUCAUAGCUGAGGGCCUUUGAGCUUACGGGACAUGAGCCUCACUGUAAGGAUCCUUCGUCCCUCUACCCAGGGACAGAGAAGUACCCCCUUGUCAAGCUUUGGCCUAAGAACCCACCCCCCUGUGUUUCCUUUCCCCAUUCCCCCUUGAGCUCAUGGGAACCAGUGCCAGCUGAUCCCAGGGGUGGGCUGUUGGAGGCUGGGGACCCCAGCUGAGAGCUGAGUCACUGUGCUAGGGGCCCCGAUUCUCUGUUAUUAAAGAACUUUCUGAAAAGCUCCUCUAUGUCCAUCUUGUAGCUGGGGUGGGAGCAGAGGGGCCACAGCACAGCCACCCCUCUGUAGAGGUGCGGAGGUGUGGCUCAGCUCCGGAAGUAGCAGUCCGGGGACUACAGAGGGGAGCACUUGGACAU